AAAAGAAAUUAUUUCUCAAAAUGAACGUCGUGGCAGGAUGUACUUACCGCGAGAAGAUUGCAAUUCAUAUUUUAAACGCUGCAAGUACAUCCAAUUCAGAAAAGUCCCUAGCUACUGACCAAUGAUAAUACAGGCGCGUCGGGAAAUUCGGACGUUCAUGGGAAAUGGAAAAUCUCUGUCGUCACGAGACCAAUCAAAACAACUUGCGAAGAACGGUGAAUUGAAGGUCGAGCCUUCUAUCGUCUACGUCCGCAUAUCGUAGUUUAUGCAUGAAUAUACGAUAUCAAAACAGUAGGAUAAGGACGACGUAUGCGAACGCAUGGCAAAAAAGAUAUCGAAACAAAUUGCAUCGGACGAUCUGCGAGAAUGGGAAUGACGCGUAAGGUAGACAGAACGUGUCAGAAUUCGUGCGUACCAGCAGAAACAAGAUUCGAUUGACCCGAUGAUCUAAACAAAUACCCAACCGGCACCUUUGAAUCGUUCUCAAAGGCGUUGUCAAUGCAAUAGACGUUUGUCACUUGCUGUUGGUCGCAGUAAUUUCCAAAGUGGUAUCCUUGAACUUUCAGUUGCGAUCUCCACGUACGAAACCAACGCACAUACAGUUUUCUUCCCACUUGGUUGCCGUACGGUGCGUUUGAGCACCAAUGCGGAUGAAAAUAAAGGGAGAAUGCACGUUCACGCCACGGACAGUUUUGUCAGCUGAUUGCCAUUUGAACACAACAUGCGAGGGAUGUGCCGUGAGAGACUCGAAAUUACGCCAUCCACGUAAUUGCUGUAACACGGAGUACCGCACUCUGAUUUAUAUUUUAUGAACUUUCAACUGGAGAGACGUUGACGAGUCUCUCGACGAGAAUGGGAAACAAAAGUAGUUGCUGCGUUUACUCCAGCCCCCAGGUUGGACGCAAGGAAUUGGGAUCCGAAGGUGUUACUCGUGGUCUCGAGGAACAUCUGCCCGAAGGUGGAAUUAGUGUCAACAAUCUACAACACAUUAGCGAACGUGAACCAGAGGAUUGGGACUCAGACCCAUCGUUACAUCCGUGCGCUGGUACUAUUUUCAUGGAACGUUCGAAACAGGCUAUUGAAAAUGGCAUGGUGAGAAAAAAAAGCCAACAUCAAAUCGCGGAUGUAAGGCCGUUGAAAAAGAGUAGCAGCUGCAGUACAAUAUAUUUAGAUGACAGUACUGUUUCACAACCAAAUCUCAAGAAUACUGUGAAAUGCGUUGCCUUAGCUGUUUAUUACCACAUUAAAAAUAGAACCUCACAGAGACAGAUUGAUAUAUUUGAUGAGAAACUUCAUCCCUUAACGAGGGAAGGUGUUUCAGAAGAUUACGAUAAACAAAAUCCAGAGCAUAAACAAAUCUACAAAUUUGUGAGAACGUUGUUUAAUGCUGCUCAACUUACAGCUGAAUGUGCCAUCAUAACGUUAGUUUACUUAGAACGUCUGCUCACUUAUGCAGAAAUAGACAUAACUCCAGCCAAUUGGAAACGAAUAGUACUUGGAGCUAUUUUAUUAGCAUCAAAAGUCUGGGAUGACCAGGCUGUAUGGAAUGUAGAUUAUUGUCAAAUUCUUAAAGAUAUUACAGUAGAAGAUAUGAAUGAAUUAGAAAGGCAAUUCUUGGAAAUGCUACAGUUCAAUAUAAACGUUCCUUCAAGCGUAUACGCUAAGUAUUAUUUUGAUCUUCGUACACUUGCAGAAGCAAACGAAUUAACAUUCCCUAGUGAACCACUCAGUAAAGAGAAAGCCCAGAAAUUGGAAGCCAUGUCCAGAGUUUAUGAAGACAAAGUUACUGCUGAAGCUUUACGUACUGGUAUUAAAAGAUGGUCAAGCUUAGAUAACAUAUGUAUAGGCGGUCCUAGACGUAGCAUUGCCAUUCUAUCCUAAAUUUGGAUAUAAGUAAGUAUGUUACUUAUGUCCAUAAAUUCUCAAUCAAGGUAUGUGAACAAAUCAAUUUACGAAUGUAUUUCUAAUAUAGUAUUAACCAAUUUCAAAUUUUCAUAACUAUAUCAUUUUUAUUACUGAAUAACUUGUACAUUCUUUUAUUUAAGUAUUUUAAUGCAAUACAAGUUUUAUAAGCAUUGUUUAACGAACGUUAAAUUUUCUUGUUUCAAUUAUUUUUGUUUGAUUGGCUCAUGUAAUUCCACAGUCUUUCAUAGUUUGAUUUUUUUGUAUAAUGAUAAAAUAUUGUAAUGUUUCAAUUGUUAACAUUUGUUUUUACAAAAGUAUUUGUAUUCUAAAAACUUUGACUUCAACUUGAAUUUUCGUUUCAUACAAAUAGUAGAAUUGUUGUGAAGAAUUGUAUAGCUGCUGGAAAAAUUAAUUUUUUAAUCAGGGACCUCUUAAUACAUUAGUAUUUAAUACAAAGUAAAGUAUUACACAAAUGUUACACAAAUAAAAGUAAUAAUAAAGUUUUUACUCUUCAUAUUGUUAAUGCUUCUUUAAUUAGAAGGAACAAAUUAUGAUCGGUUAUUUUCUAUUUGAAUGAUUUGAAUAGAUAAACUUAUAAUAAAUUUCUUAAUAAUAAUAUAUAGGAAAAUAUUUCGCGUUAUAAAGAUUAAUUUGCAUCUAGUUUUAUCAAAUUUUUGUGCAUGAAUAUUGUGCAUUUUAAGAGAAUUUAUAAAUAAUUUCAAUAAACAUUUUUGAGGAACUUGUAAGUUAAGGUUUUAUUAAUAACGUGAUAUGUAUGAAGUACCUUUUUAUAUAUUCGAAUACUUUUCUAAAUUUGUGUUCAUAUAUAGUUUAAAUUAGUAUUAGCAUAAAAUAUAACGAAUAUAAAAAGUGAAAGUAAAAUGUAACCUUAUUUUAAACAUUAUAUUAUUAUUUCAGUAUAAAUUGAUUUAUAUUAAUCUGUUGUUUAUCAUUUGUUCAGAUAUUAGUUAUAAAGUGCAGAUAAAAUUCAUUACACAUUACUAAUUAUUUAUAUAUAAGUAUAAUAGAUUACAUACUUCUAUGAUUUUGUAUGAUCAAAAUUUUCAAUACUUUAGAAAUUUUUUUUUUCUUACUAGAUGAAAUUAUUAAAUAUUAUACUAAAUAUUGCUCGUAUUAUUUUUAUUAAGCUUUCUCUUUACAGUUUUAAUAUACUGUAUUUUUAAAGUCAUUCGGAAUUUUUAUUUGUCUCAAAAAUUAGUAACAUCCAUUUUUACAAAUAUAUUCGCUAACUUAUUUAUGUUGUAAUUUUUAUGUAUUAACAAAUACAGUAAUUUACAGUUAAUCUUAAUUACGAUUAUUUCUC